UGCAUCACAAUACCCAGAAAUCCGUCCCUAUACAUUAAUAUCUGUAACAGGCGAUUACGUUAUCAAUAGUCCCUCAGAUGAUUAUUGUUACUUAUAAAGCAACACGUCCUUGGUUUUAAGAUAGUUCUUGUUUGUCCCUUUUCUCUUACACUCUUCUAUCUCAACGAGCAUUUGCUUCCACAUUGAAGAUGGCUGAGGCUACACAGUCUAAUGCUGAGUUGUUGGAGUGGCCAAAGAAAGAUAAGCGCCGCUUCCUGCAUGCUGUGUACCGUGUUGGUGAUCUUGAUCGCACCAUUAAGUUUUACACUGAAUGUUUUGGGAUGAAGCUUUUGAGGAAAAGAGAUGUUCCAGAAGAGAAAUUUGCCAAUGCCUUUCUUGGAUAUGGCCCUGAACAAUCCCAUUUUGUUGUGGAAUUGACUUAUAAUUAUGGGGUGACCUCAUAUGAUAUUGGAACUGGCUUUGGGCAUUUUGGUAUUUCAACUCCAGAUGUUUACAAAUUGGUUGAAAACAUCCGGGCCAAGGGUGGAAAUAUCACUAGGGAGCCUGCUCCCGUUACGGGUGGGACAUCUGUUAUUGCCUUUGUGAAGGACCCUGACGGUUAUAUUUUUGAGCUCAUCCAAAGACCUUCAACCCCUGAACCAUUGUGCCAAGUAAUGCUUCGUGUUGGUGAUUUAGAGCGCUCAAUAAAAUUUUAUGAAAAGGCUUUAGGUUUGAGGGUCGUAAAGAGGGCUGAUAGACCUCAACAAAAGUAUACUAUAGUCCUGCUUGGGUACGCAGACGAGCAAGAGACAACUGUGUUGGAGCUUACGUAUAACUAUGGUGUUACUGAAUACACCAAGGGAAAUGCUUAUGCACAGGUUGCUAUAAGUACGGACGACGUAUACAAGAGUGCUGAGGUUGUGAACAUAGUCACACAAGAGCUUGGAGGAAAGAUUACUCGGCAACCAGGGCCAAUUCCUGGACUUAACACAAAGAUCACUUCUUUCGUAGACCCUGAUGGAUGGAAAACUAGCAGGAAGUUUCUCAUGUAUAAAGAAAGGGUGUUUAACCAAAGAAAAGAAGAAUGUAAUAUACCAACCUGUGACCUUAACUGAUCAUACAUUUUGUGUUCUGUCAACUGUCAUGCUUUUCUGAAUAAUAUUUGAAUUGCUAGCAACAAAGGAUGUCGUGUCUCAGUAUAUUUUUAACUUCCUUUUGCAAGUCUUCAGCUUGUAUUUCUCUAACUUUUGAGUCAAGUAUUGUAUUUAUCUAGAUUUCCUCACAAUCUACUCACUGCUUUCUUGAAAAAAAAGAGAUAAUAACUAUGCAU